AUGGCGCUCAAGACGCAUCCAGACCACAACCGGAGCAGCCCGGAGGAGGCCGAGCGGCAGUUCAAAUCAGUGACAGAGGCUUACCGACGCAUAUCUGUCGAGGGGCCUCAGGCGUCUUUGGCGAUGGGGACGGUUGGCUGCCGCGACGUAGGCUGCGCGGCGAACUGGCGACCCGCCGGAGCCGCCGCCUUUGUUUGGAACGACAGCAUGCUUCCGGAGCUAUUUGCUCUCCUCCUGAGCGAGAGUGGGGACGUGCGGCUGACGCAGCUGUACCAGCAGUACGUCGACAACGCGCUGUCACGCCGCGACACGUUGCUCUCUGUGCGCAACUUUGCGUCGCGCGACGACUUCCGGCGCGCCCUCAGCACACUUGCGGCCAGAUACGCGCGCGAGGGCCCACAGGCCGUGUUUGUUCACCGUGUGCGCGCCAGCAUCAGCAGCUGCGACGGCUGGGGCGGCUGGGGCGGAGGUGCAGGCGCAUCUGAGGUGUGGUACACCUGUGAUUGA